AUGACCCACCGGUUUCCGAUCCAGGCGUUGCCUCCGCUCGAGGUGAGUGAUCAGGAACACGAAGCCAGCAGGGAGUUUAUGCAGCAAUUGUUGGCGCACACCAUCCGCGAGUUUGAAUUCCACUCGUACCUCAACAGCGGCAUCGUUGACGCCCGACGUUGGAAGCCGCAGACGUCGCGUGACGAUAUUGAGCUGUAUCGUGAACGCAAGACUGGCGUGACGGGCAACAGCGUCUUCAACUCGGUUCGUCAAUGUAGACUCGACUUGCCAAUCUUUUCGUCAACGAUCGAGACUUUAGCGUCGCCCACAAUGCUCCUCACAGGUUACGGUCAAGGUCGAGUCGAGAACGCCAUGAGCGCAGUGGUCACGGAAAGCCAGCACGAUUUGGCUUUGGCAGUCAAGUUUAAGCACCAGGACGUGGCCGACUGCGCCAUCCUCAAGACGCUGGAGCCGCCGACGCACGAGGAGCCCUACCACUAUCUCGGCUACAAGUUCUUUGUGAGGAAGUCGCCGACCGAAGGCCUCUUAUUUAAGCACCGCCACAGCGUCUACCUCGAGUUCAGUGGCAUCACCCAGUCGAGCAGAGGCGAACAACUGGGGUUCCACAUCAUGCACUCGGUCGAACUACCGGGAUUCCCGGAUCUGAGCAAUUUCAACUCGAUCCGCGCGCUGCAGUCGACGCGCUACAUCUACCGCCAGAAGAGUACGCACAUGGUGGAAGUCUUCAUGCUAGGAAACAUGGACAUUUCCGGCCACAUCUUCAAGCCGCUGGCCAACAUGUUCACUGUCGACAUGUUCUUCGGUGUCACGCGGCUACUGGAGCUGGCGGAGGUGCGUCGUCUCUCACAGAUGGCACAUAAACAACGCAGCUUCGGCUCCAGCACCGCUAUCCUCGGCGGCUCGACGUCUUGCAAGGUGUGCAAUCGCAGCGCAUCCAAGCAUAAGCUGAUCACCUGUCUGCUGUGCAGUCACGCAGUAUGCAAGAAGUGCACAAGCACAAAGCGCGUGUUUGUAAGUGACGACCAGGGCAUCCUAGGAGACUUUAUCAAGGUGCCAGGAUGCAGGGCGUGCGUGCGUCGGGCUAACACAGGCAGCUUCUUAUCGCCGCACCAGCGCGUCCUACGUACACCACCCAGUGAGCUCAAGUUCGACUUCCACAAGGCCAAGGCCAAGAAGUUCUCCAGGCCUCAGUCUCUAGCGACUACACCUCAAGCUACCAAGGCUCAGCGUGCAUCUAGCCAUAUGCGUUCCCCGUCACGACGUCGAGAAACGUUCCCUUCAAGAUCUCCGACCUCCCAGGUGCCGCACCAGUACGCGUCCACCAGCAUGCCGGCGAACUCAAAGCUCGACCAGCAAGAGGAGCUCGACGUAGCUGAGCCCAAUCUCAGUAGACGAUGGACGGAGCGUGCCGCAAACGGGCGGUCGUAUUCCGACCGAGGUUCCCGCAACGUCGAAGCCAAGCCGACCAGGCCUCGCGCAAGCACCCGCGUGUCGAUUCCUUCUCAGAGUGAGGGCCCCAUCUACGGCGCGCUGCCCCCCGAGCCGAGGACAAGCUUUGAUCGGCAGAUCCCGGCAGACAUGUCGCCAGCGCAGCGUGCGGUAAUGGCCCGCUUGUUCGAACUUAGCAAGAUCGCCGAGGACACCUCCACGAAGGCGCAUCUGAACGGCAUCUACUGCGAGCAGCACUGGCGAGAGGAGCUCAAGGUCGAGGUGGAGGCCAGUCGCUCUCAGGUUCGCCACCCACCUGUGAGAUCGAGGGUCUGA